CCCAUCGAGCUUAGAGGCCAAAAUCUCUAAGAUGUCUGGAGCUUCCCCAAAGCGAAAAUUCCGAUUGGACGGUGUGUUUCCACCCCUUCCAACGCCUUUCGAUAAAGAUGAUAACAUAGAUUUUAAUGCCUGGAAGAAGAAUGUAGCUUUGUGGGAAAAAAUUCCAUUCAAAGGCUAUGUGCUGGGUGGAUCUUGCAGUGAACUGCCGUACAUCAGUCCGGAAGAGAGAUUGGCUCUCAUUAGAGAGACUCGGAAACUCAUAUCCAACGAUAGGCUCAUAAUUGGUGGAUCCACGUGUGAAUCGACGAAGGCCACUUGCGAAUUAUCAAUAGCCAUGGCAAAGGAAGGGGCUGACGCUGUCCUGGUCUUGCCACCAUUCUACUUCAAAUCAAAUAUGAGCGAUGAAGUUUUAUUAGAUCACUUUACGACGGUAGCGAAUAGGAGUCCUAUUCCCGUUUUGAUCUACAAUUACGUGGCUAUCACCGGAUUUGAUCUCCCAAUUUCCGUCCUCACUAAACUGGCAGCUCAUCCCAAUAUCGUUGGUAUCAAAGACACGGAUGUUACAAAAAUAGGAGGUCUAAGCGUCGCCACGCAAAAUGAACAGUUUGACAUCCUUGAGGCCUCAGCAGGAUGUUUGCUCGCUGGAAUUCUUGCAGGCUCUGUUGGCAGCAUUAACGGUCUUUGCGUGGUUUAUGGAGAAGCAGUUUGCCAACUUUACGAACUAUCAAUGUCGAAACAGUACGAGAAAGCACGGGAGCUGCAGAUGAAAUUGGUCGAGCCAGAAAUCACGAUAUUCUGGAAACAUGGAGUCCCCGGUUUGAAAGCCGCCAUGGACAUCCUCGGAUAUUACGGGGGUCCUCCACGGAUGCCGUUACACUCUGUCACGGACGCUGCCCGCGCGGAAAUCAGAGCUUGUUUGAAAAAAUCUGGUUUUUUCAAAAACCUGUGAUAUCACGAAAAUAGGAUGUAUACCGUAUUCAGUCACAUCAAAAUCCCGUC